UACUUUCCAGUUUCUAAACUUGAGGGCUCAACGAACUACAAAGCCAAGGUGCGUGCAAAGCCUGAUGAAAAGUCUCUGUAUAAUGGCACAUGGAGUGAAUGGAGCCAGAGCUGUUCCUGGAAGACAACCUUCGUUUUAACAACAGACGUCAUAUGCAUAUUUGCCUUUGUAAUCUCUGUCACUGUAUCACUGUUUGCAUUUUUUGCAUUCAGGCAUUAUAAGAGGUUGAAGAAAAGGUUGGAUGAUUCCUUACCCGACCCCAGCAAGAGCAAACUACUCAAAGGUCACUCACUGGGAUACUGGAAACUGAACUUGAGCCCAUUCAUACAUCAAGACUUUUAUGCAGAAGAGGAAAAACCUUCAAUAUGUGUUCCGAUCAGUCCAGUAGCAACACAGUCAACGUAUGAAUCAGCAGAAGAAUUGGUGACAGAGAAAGCUCUAAAUUCUGGUGUUUGUCUGCUGAGAUCUAAUUUAUUACCACCACCAGCAGAGGAGAAGAUCAUGCCUGACCAGAGCAAAUGUGAAUCUCUGGACACUGGAGGGAAAAGUGGCAUUACUACAAUGCCUGCAUCAGAGGAUAUGAAAGGUCUUUCUAAAAAGAGCUAUAAUGGACCGUAUCUGAUGUUCACUGGUGCUCAGUCAAUGUCAAAUUUAGUUUCAAAUGAAACAAAGCAUCCAGGGUAUUUUAGCCUCCCUAGAUGCCAAGCUGAGAUAUUUAAUCUUCCUAAAGAAACCACCCAAUCAUGUAAACCUCAGCCACCAGGGGAUCAAUUGGGUUAUGUGAUUAGUAUGGAGAAACCACUUUCUGUUCAGCCAAUGCAGAAUAAUGUCAAGAACUCUGCUCCUGAUAACAAAUACUUUGCAAUCCCUGCAUCAUCUAACUUCCAAGCAUUGCCAGAAGGACCAUUGAUGAUGAUUAACCCUGAUGGAUCUGGGCCACUCUUGCUGAAGCAAGUUGGAGAUUACUGUUUUUUUUUUCCCUGGACUUCGUGGAAGCCAAGAAAAUUUAGAAAACAAAAUGACACCAGCCACUGAACAAAACCAGCAAAAUGCACCAGAAGACCCGCCUCUACCUGCUGUACAAGCAUUCAAAGUCAUGCAAAGAGGGUAUCUUGCUUUGCCACAUACUUAG